GGUUAUAUUAUUAUUGUUGGAAUUGCGUCUUGAAAACUGUAGCUAGACUCUUUGGGUCGAAGUAGGCAUAAACCGUUCAUCUACAACUGUGACUACAUAACUUGUUGGAUUUGGCAUGGUUAGAGUUUAAUGGGAUUUCUCUUGGGAACGAAUAAUGAGGAAAAUGCCCUAAGUGUGUGAUAUGCAAACGAGACGGUAAGAAAACCUUCCUCCAGUCGGCCCCCCCCCCGUUAAAAACUUCUGGAAGGCUUCGACACUAGCACAGGUCAGCGCGUAGCGCUCAUUUCAGCCUGCGUCCGGCCUAGGAAUUAUACUACAACCACACAGACGCUUUUGAUAUUGCAAUGAUUGAAAACAAGUAUCUAUUUUUUUUACCCCUUUUGAACAUCAAGAUCACAGCAAAGUUGACUUUCUUUUUUUUUAAGUAGAAAAAGAAACAUCUAGAACCGCGCUCUUGGCGAUACUUCAAACUUUCCAUUUCAAAGUUCAAGUGGUUUGUUCAAAGAACCGUUGUUAAACAAUAAGUUCAUCAGAAACCAAGGCAAACGUGAAAGCCAAAGAUACAAUCAAGCAGUAAUCACACAAUACAGAAACCGUUUUUUUUCCUCCAGAAAAAGUCCAAGGCUAUCUUUUGUCUGUCCGACAAAACAUAACCUCGCAACAAAAGGUCCAACGGGGCGAGAACGAUUCAUCCCGCGCAACGGGCGCUCUCAUCACACAAAACAUGAGAACGCUUGUAGGUCAAUGGUUGUGUCAAUGUCGCGUUUCAAGGCACCCAAAGAUGACGUAAGUCACGUACACUCCUGUGCGUGGGAUCUUUCUGGUAUUUUUCUUGCUAGCAAGACACGUAGCGUUAAUUUAAGCAUUGCCACUCGCAAAGAAUCCUCGAAAGUAUACCCUCGAACUGUAUUUAAAGGAAACUGUUUGGUCUCGUUCCAUUGCGUAUUAUGACCCAGAGAAAUGUGGUUAUACCGUAAGUCGAAGCACAUGAGUUAAGCAGUUCGCAGGCCUUAUGUGCCCCAUUUGAAUUCAUAUAGACCGCCAUUUCAGGUACAAGUGAUAAAAAGCUGUCAGUUGCUGUAGAAGUCUGCAAAUCAUGUCUUCACGUGUGGGAAGUCCGUCGCACACUGACGCGUUCAAGGAGCAAGUUCGGCGUCACUGUGAGCAAAAGCUGGCGGAGAACUUUCAAACCACUGCCGCGCAUUCGAGUCGUCUCCACUCAGUGCCCGGCCCACGAUUUCAUCUGCAUGAGCAACGCAGGUCCAGCGAUGGCCAGCUACCACCAAUGUUUACCAACAAGGGUGCUUCGGCUAGGCCCCCGCCGUCGCCAAAGAUGGUCGCUCCUCAGUCCCCGCGUGUCAAGACCAAAAGCGGCAACUUACUAAGCGGCGAGAUACGGCGGUCUAGUGACGGUCAGCUGCAGCCGAUUUUUCUGGGUAAAGAUGGUCCAACGUUCACUGGACCUCCCCCAAAUAUGAUACCCCAUCACCUCCAGUCACGCCCUAAAUUUAAUACCGAAUUACGACGAUCAAGUGACGGACAACUGCAACCGAUAUUUCAGAGCAAGGAUUCGUUUGUUGGACCCCCGCCCCUCAUGAUUCCCAAGCACAUCCAACAAGAAAGCGGCAUCACUGAGGUGCAGGUGAGCCCCACGCAAUUCAAGGUGGACUUGGAUGUGACCGGGUACGCGCCGGAGGAGCUGGCCGUCAAGAUAGUCGGCGACCACAUCGUCAUCAGGGGCAAACACGCAGAGGAGAGCCCCGGGGAAGAGACCAAAAUCACCCGGGAGUUCAGCCGCCGAUACACGCUGCCUGAGGACGUCCUGGUAGAAGAUGUCUCGGUGUUUCUGGCCAAAAGUGGGAAGCUGAGUGUCAAGGUACCGCGUAUUGUUGAGAUCAAAGCAAAACGCCCGGUGCAGAGGAAAGUGAAAUUCCAAGAAUGACACUGGUUGGCCGGAGUAAAGAUGUCGGUCUGCAUCUGAUGCGGCAGGCCAUCAUGUGAAGUACUCACAUGUUGACGUUUGACAAGGCAUUUGUCAUCCCCGUUACUGUUAAUGUGAUGUUUAGUGUACAAGGGAUACAAGACUUUUAGAAAAAAAAAUAUAUUGGACAUCUGUAUAAUUUUACAUCAAUAAGUUGGGCAUUCCUUUAAACUCGUCAACGCAGUCGUAAACUAGAAUGGGUCUUUGCAACCCUACAGUACUUUUUCAGACGUUGUAAUUGCCCAGGGAAAUUCCUCCGUGGAAUAUUUCGUGUAAAAAAUGGGAAAAAAAAUUGGAAACAUAGUUAUUUAUUUAGGACGUAUGAGGAUCAUACAAGUAGUCUGAUCUAUUGAGAACUGCGCAAGGAUGUUUGGACCAAUAACCAUGACUGUGUAGCCGCACCGACAGAAGCCAAAGGUCGUGUCCGAUUAAAGUGACCAGGGGCGAGAUUGACCAAUGAUAAAAAUAGCUGAAAACAGCUGAAAAAGGGCAUAAAGAAGCUGAACUGUGAAAAUCUCCUGUACUUUUUUACACAACCAGUGCGGAAAAAAACUGAAAUCCAAAACAGAAAAAGCUGAAAUCAGCUAAAAAGCUGAGCAAUCUCACCCCUGAGAGACUGCGACUGAAGCAACACGCAUCAAAUAUGAAGAAGUCACAGCCGCUAGUCAUUGGCUUCAAUAGGCGCGUGGUUAUUUCAAGCUGUAGAAACAAGUCUCAGCCUCGGUCCAUGCAUGCGGCUUUUAAGUAAAUGUGCGGUUUGCAACUGUCCCAUCAUGGAAAGAACAGUAACACCUAUGUCUCAAUGGACAGCAAAACAGGGUAAAGUUAGAAAAAGUUACCAGUACACAACUAUUAAUUGUAGAGCGCUGGAUAGAGAGGGCUCCAAGCCCCUUUCCAGGGGUACGAAAUGAAGUCAUGACUGACCCCAAAAAACAAAUCUAGGUACAUCAGUAUGAGGGUAAAUAAGCCAGUUUAUUAUUCAAAUUCUCAUCCAAUGUUUACAUUAAGUUGUAGGGAAAAGCAAUAAAACAGUUUAAUCUACUCUCAUCCAAUUGGUUGCUACAAGGACAAAUUAAAUCCAGAGACAGUCAACACAUUUUAUUUACGAGUCAUUUGGAGUUUUCACGACUGGCACACAGAACAACAAUUGCACUUCGAGGCUGAUGAGAUAAUGUUCCUCUUGAUUGGUAACUUGUAGGGUCUUAACUGAAGUACUGACAACUACAGCAACCGCAGGCAGGGAUGUCACGGACGAGUUUUAUGUUUUUCAAUAAAUACAGUACAGUAGCCCAAUUCUUGCACAACUGCUGUGUACAGACCUUCAUGUAAGCCCACAUCUGCACUGGCAACUUAGAUUUCACCUUGUCAGGCGUUGGAGUUUUACCAAGCACGGCAUCAGACAUUCGCACUUGAAAAAUUGGAAUGGAAAGAGUUGAACGGUUUAGGGAAGUGAUACGCAACGGGCCCAUUUGCCUUAAGAUGGCGUACCUCACAGCAUGCACAUCAAACCAGAGUAUGCCAUCAUGUUUAGCACACAUCUGCAUGACUCCAGUGACGGCGAACUGACAUAGCUGGUAUGUCACCCAAAAAAAGUCUUUGUACCCACGGUUGGCAAAUUAGUGUAUGCCACAUCAGAGUCACGAACCCUGUGUGUGGCUAUGGCUCGGAUUCUGCCAUAGACACACUGUGCUGAAGUGCUGUAGCCAGAGGCCACUGGCCUUAAUCAUGUCUCAGCUAUCUCGCAUCAAAAGUGAGGCGAUCCCCGUAGAAGUUUGUAAAACCUUAAUGCAUGUGGAAAGGAAGGUGAUGGCAUUUGGGCAAAGUUACAGAUUACAAUCUUUGUGCACCAAUGGGUAGUUUCAUUUUAUGGAUAAAAGUCAUGUUACCUUUAUUGUCCGAGUGAAACUGUUUGUUUAUGCCUGUACAUGUAAUGCUGGCAAACUGGUCACAAACAGAAAGUUAAAUAAAUAAAACAGUUUCAGGGAAGGAUGAUUCAAAUGACCAUUUCAUGAAAUAUAUCCAAUUCAGAUGUGGCCUCAAAAAGGAAACUAUGCAUAGCUAUGCCCAAGUCUAGUACGCUCCUCAAUGUCACAAGGAAAACACAAAACUGUCCUGAAAAGCAACUACUAAAAAAAUUUAAAAUCUGUUUAGCCAAUCAGAGUGCUGGGUGGUCCCAACUCCCACUGGCCAAGCCAAUAAGAUAUCCAGAAUCCCUGCUACAGGUGUUGGUAACAUCUAAUAUGAGUUGGCUCAGAAGUACUUGCAAAAAUGGAAGUAACAGCUUCCUGAAUUGUUUAACAAAGCUAAAAGGUGUCGGCUUACUUCACAUAGGCAGGUAGACACAGAUGUGGACCACAUUAACAUGCAGUACACCUUUUAGAUAAAACCUUGUAUGUAAUACUGUGUGUUGGCGUAUUAAAUACACUUAACUACGACAUUACCUAAGACAGCACUAUACUUUCUCGUACAGCUUCAGCAAGUGCAGCCCGAUAUAAACAAUGAAAAAAAAACCCUGUCCUCUUUCCCCUUUUUCUUGUUUCUUAAAGGCCAAAAAGAGGGUGGACUAGCAGAACAUUUCAAGCACAAACUGCAUGCUCCCUGCCUCGCGUGGACUCACUACAAAACAGCUGAAACUGAAAUAAUAGGAUUUUUUGGACAACAGAUGUGUCUGUGGCAGGAAACACACAGCGACCGUACGUACCAGGAAGAAAGCACCCGCACCUCUUGUACAGACUGACAGGGUUUACACAUGAUUCUGAAUGGUGCAGGGACAACGCCGGGCCCUUUGUGUUCAAAUUUCCCCUCUCCUAGUUUCUUCGUACCACAACAGAGACAUUAGAAAAAG